UUUUUAACCUAGAAAACGUGGGCUCACGCCUCUCGGUUCCUGGAUCGUGUCAUCUUCAUAAUUUUCUGUUGGAGGGUUUUUGGAUCGUAACACAGUUCUUACAAUGGAAUCGGAUACAGAACCUAACCACAGCAUGAUGAUUGAGCACACUGUUCCCCAAAACAUGCAGAUUGAUCCAUCAAGAGCUCGUUUUCCAUGCUGCAUUGUAUGGACACCCCUCCCUGUUAUUUCAUGGCUCCUUCCAUUUGUUGGUCAUAUUGGUAUAGGCAGAGAAGACGGAGUCAUCCUGGACUUUGCAGGACCUAACUUUGUGUGCGUAGAUAACUUUACUUUUGGGGCUGUGGCUCGUUACGUCCAAAUAAGCAAAGAGAAGUGCUCCAUAACCCCUCAUCCGUCCAGCAUGUACAGAAGCGAAGAAGAAUACAGACUAGUAGAGUCGGGAAGAAACCAACACACAUGGGAUGAUGCCUUAAAAAAGAGCACACAAGAAUACCAACACCGAACAUAUAACAUCUUAACGUGCAACUGUCACUCCUUCGUGGCCCAUAAUCUGAACCGGUUGGAGUUCCAAAACGGGGGGUGGAACGUAGUCAAUGUGGCAGCAUUGAUUCUGCUGAAAGGUCAAUGGGUAAAUACGACAUCGAUGAUUCGAGCUUAUGUUCCAUUUGUGAUGAUAUUCUUGGUAGGAAUCACAUUUGGAGGAGCUAAUUUUCUUACUUUUUUGGCGUUCUUUGCAAUUCUUCUUGUUGGAUGGUUUAUUUUGGGUACAUAUUGUUUCAAAAACUUCAUAAAGCUGUAGUGGGUAGUAAAGGCUGUUUUUGCUUAUGGCUGGAUUUUGAGUUUGACAGUAUGCAAAACUAUUAUUGAUUGUAUAAAGAUUUGGUGUAUCAAACGUUGUUUUCAUCU